GCGGUAAUGCACACCACAAGGUUGCUGCCAACCGCCAUUAAACCAGAAAAGAAGGAGGCGCCGCGGUUCUAUCAGGAGUAUAUUUUGGUUUCUGGUGAAAAGGGCUUGGAGCACGAAGCUAUUAUACGUAUUGAUGUAUAUGCCGCAUCUUUGCCAACCUGAGCAAUUUUGUUCGACGGCUUGGUGAAGAAAUAUUGGAUCCCUUGUUUGCCUAGCAACUGACUGCUGGGUUGGUCGUGAGGAGGCGCAGGACCGGCUGCUGAGAUUCGGCGCGUUUCUGGCUCGUCCUUUUGCUUUGAUAUAGGAUAAUACAUCAGUUUUUUCCAGGUUGACUGGAGAACGUCCCGUAUAUCAACAGAUCUCGCCCACUGGGAUUUUACGAUGGAAGGUCAAACCCCGCCUUCCACCCGAUUGUAGCUGAGAUAGGCUCCAGCGCCCCCCACGACCCCGAAGGGAAUAAGCGUGUGACUGAUCUGCUGACUAUGGGCAGAGUGCAGAGGAGUUUCCCCCCCAUGACGUCCUCAGAUCCUGAAUGUACGGAAAUUGCCGAAGUCAUUGUUGGCAACAAUGAAGACUAGGUCAUGGUGCCAUAAGCUUGGAAUACUUGCCAUUCCAGCGUUAUGUGCUCACUGCUGAUGAUGCCCACUCCCUCUGGGGACGGGUACACACCUCUGCUGCUCCCAAUCUGCUGGCAGGGAACAUCGACACUGGUCUCAACUGUCUCAUUAUGGGUCACCUGAAGUUUUCCACAACGUCCAGAGAGAACAUCCUCAUGGCAAACAAUUCUCUGGGCUUCCAGGUUCCUCCAACUCAGGCGAAGCCAACAGUGGUGUCCCCAGAGAGCCUUAACGGCAUUAGUCUAUCCCUACGGGUGUUCUUCUGCUUUGUUAUGGUUGCCAUUUUGUUGUUCGCCCUGUUGGGGAACAUGGUUGUUUGCCUGAUGGUCUACCAGAGAUCUGCUAUGCGCUCGGCUAUUAACCUCCUUUUAGCGAGCUUGGCGUUUGCAGACAUGAUGCUUGCCAUUCUUAACAUGCCAUUCACACUGGUUGCUGUCAUGACUACCAACUGGAUUUUUGGAGAGGUUUUUUGUCACGUUUCAGCUAUGUUGUUUUGGUUCUUUGUGAUGGAAGGAGUGGCUAUUCUGCUUAUAAUAAUCAUAGAUCGCUUUCUUAUUAUUGUCCAAAAGCAAGAUAAGAUAAGUCCACAGAGAGCGAAAAUACUAAUUUUGGUCACAUGGGGACUUGCUUUCAUUUUCUCCUUUCCUCUCGCAGUUGGUUCCCCUCGCCUACAAAUCCCUCCCAGAGCCCCUCAGUGUGUUUUUGGCUACAGCACUGAACCCGGUUACCACACCUAUGUGUUGAUAUUAAUGCUUGUAUUUUUCUUUAUACCUUUCAUGGUCAUGUUGUACACCUUCUUGGGGAUUUUGAACUCCAUCCGGCACAAUACGGCUCGCAUCCACAGUCAUCCGGACGGCAUGUGCCUGAGCCAGGCCAGCAAACUCGGCCUGUUGAGCCUCCAGAAGCCAUUCCAAAUGAACAUAGACAUGAGUUUUAAGACCCGUGCCUUUGCUACAAUCCUCAUUCUUUUUUCUGUGUUUACAGUGUGCUGGGCACCCUUCACUGCCUACAGUUUGGUGUCUACUUUCGACAAUGGGUUCUACCACAAAGACAGCUUUUUUCAAGUCAGCACGUGGGUGCUGUGGUUGUGCUAUCUAAAGUCGGCCCUCAACCCUCUCAUUUACUACUGGCGCAUCAAAAAGUUUCGCGACGCCUGUCGUGAUCUUAUACCAAAGUACUUUAAGUUUCUUCCUCAACUGCGAGGCAACACAAAGAGGCGCAUCCAACCGAGCGCAGUGUACAUUUGCGAAGGCCACCGAUCUGUUGUUUAAAUGAAAUUGAAUUCCUUUGCGCUUGACAAAAAACCUCUCCAUCAAACAGUAAACUUUGAUCUGGAUUAGGGCUGCACAAAAAAUUAUUCACUGUACAAUGUCAUUUCUAAGCCUUUUUUUUGUACUGCAUCACAAAAAACACUGCCAUUUAAUAUAAGGACUUGGACCGCACUAUCGUUUGCAUGACGGUCAACAUUUCCUCCUUGUUCUUUCUGUCCCAGUGUGCCUGGUGGCCAGGGCGAGUUGGUUCUGCUGCCUAGCAUCCAUUAAAUCAUCAGCUUGCGGAAGAGUGAUCACAUUAUUUUGUGUGUGGAGGUGUUUCAAAAAGUUUUACAGUUAUGACAAAUGUCAUCACGAUUUUCAGACUCAGUCGAAAAUAAACUUUAUAAACCGUAUAUUGAUUUAGUGGUCACAACAGUAGGUAACCUGCACCCUCUCGGAUCAAUACAAGAGCUAUAUCUAAAUUUUUAAAAAGCUGCAUUUAGCAGCAUUAAUUGCAGUGCAUGUCACACUUUGGUGUUACUGUGUGCAUCCCACAAUUAGAUUAAAAUAAUACUUGAUAUUACUUUCUCUUGGGUAUCCUCAAGCCAAGUAGUUAUGUCAAAAUGACGCUGUCUCUCAGCAGCAGUUUAGGGGCUAAUCCAGCUUCGUAUUGGCCCAUGUUGACAAAACAGUAUUGUGUAAAAUGUCGCGGACAAAAACACAGAAAUAGUUUUCUUUUGUAGACAUCGCUGCACUCUGGAGGAUAUGUGACAAGAAGGCAUGACAUCGGAGACUUCAGGCAGCGGCCAACAGUCUCGGUACAAAUGGUCCACUGUUACAAAAUAAAAUAAAAAUAAAAAAAACACUGCAAAACACAGCGUGACAAAGAGGAAACAUUUUGGAGUGGUUGUCAUGUGACUAGCCCAGGACAUAUAGCUUCCAAAAAAAGGGUUGUGUGUCAGGUCAGCUAGCAAGCUAAUUUUACAAAAUCAUCACUCAACAACUAUUGUUUAUUAAAUGUAUAGUAUAUUAAAUAUUAAAACUGUUCGUACCAUAUUUUAAUUUAUAAAUUCAUAUAAAGCAAGCUCGGAAAAUGACGCAGAUAAAAUUCAAUCAAUCAAUCAAUGUUUACUUAUAUAGCCCUAAAUCACGAGUGUCUCAAAGGGCUGCACAAGCCACAACGACAUCCUCGGCUCAGAUCCCACAUCAGGGCAAGGAAAAACUCAACCCAAUGGGACAAUGAGAAACCUUGGAGACGACCGCAGAUGUGGGGGACCCCCCCCCUGGGGGAUCAAGGCCCAGGGGCCAGAUCUGGCCCACAACAUUUUAUCUGGCCCGCAAACAUGAAAUAUGUGUCAAUAAAGUACCUAAUGUUUUCUCACUAAAUGUAAUAGAUUUUUUUCAUUUUGACAGAAAAAGUAUAUGUUCUGCUUGAAAUUGCAUGCCUUUUAAACUUGAAUAGUAUCCAUUAUUGCAACAAAUAUUACAAUAUAUUAUCAUACUUUCCAAAAAAAAAUUGUCUAAAUUAAAAAAAAAACUUAAAUAUCUGCUUGACUUAUGAUUUCAUAGCAAACUACCCAUCAAAA